GGCUGACUCGAAUCAAUUUGACAAUGUGUCUUAUAUUUGAUGGCCAUUCAAGCAGAGUUUGGUCUAGCAAGCAAUUGAAAAUAUAUCCCAGCUUAUAAAGAUUAUCGUGGGACCAUAAGUCGUUUGUUUUUCAAGCCUUCCACGCUUGCAAACUUAUGAGAGAUAAAAAGUCUGACGUAAACAUGCAAAACAAACAAAUAACGGCUUUUAUUAUAACUGGACAGCCAGGAGUCGGUAAGACUACGCUUAUUCGCAAACUAUGCGCCGAAUUGGGCGUCCACAGCAAACUGGCAGGCUUUUACACGGAGGAGAUACGAGCGAAUGGCCAGCGGAUUGGAUUCGAUGUGGUAACUGUGAAUGGAAUACGCGGAAUUUUGGCCCGUGAGAAUCCUUCGGAUAAUCUACGCCGGCCCAGGCUGGGCAAAUAUGCUGUUUAUGUAAGAGAUUUCGAGGAACUAACGCUGCCAAUUCUGAAAGUCAAUCCCGAAUCGCAACUGCUGAUAAUUGAUGAAAUCGGGAAAAUGGAGCUGUUAAGCAAUCGCUUUGAAGCUGCCGUCAGUGAAUUGCUUAAGCAAAAGCAGCCCAUUCUAGUCACCAUACCCUUACGUACGCGUCAACCCAUACCGAUCGUGGAACGCCUUAAAAACUCACCUGAUGCAGUCACCUUCCACGUGACCAGAAGCAAUCGCGAUGGCCUCACUCAAGAUAUAACAGAGUAUAUUGUAAAUGCGCUGUUUAAAGGGAAAUAGUCAAUUGCUUGGCAUGGAAAGA